AUGCCUCAGCCAGGCCCCAGUAACUUCCCUGUACUAGAGAUAUGGGAUCCCUCGUCCAAAUACAACUUCAUCAAACCCGCAAAAAGAAUCAACGAGGGACCUGACGUUUCCAAGUUCCUGACGUCAAAAGCAUAUCGGGAUAUUGGAAUAUUUGUAUUGCAGUUGAAUCGCGCUAUGUGCCCUCGGAAGUCUGUAGGUGACGAUGGGAAGGACAAGAUACAAACCUUCCAAAUCGGUUCAGAAUACGAAACCCAGCCAGUCGAGUCAGUACGAAAGCUUCAAGAGUUACUAGUUAGGAUUGAGUCAUACAUUGACGAGGCUCCACCCGAUCAAGGUCCGAGGCGUUUUGGAAACAUCAGUUUCCGGAGGUGGUACCAGUUAUUAGAACAAAGAGUCACAAAUCUUCUCCAUGAAUUUCUCCCCGACUCAGUGUUGAAUUUUGGUCCCGGCGGUGGAAACAAUGAUACUACAGCUAUAGGCGAACUUAUAGCUUACCUGCUUGGUGGAUUUGGGAGUGCCCAGAGGCUCGACUACGGAACCGGCCACGAAUUAAGCUUCCUAGCUUUCAUCGGAUGCCUAUGGAAACUCGGCGCAUUCAAAGACGGCAAACCAGGUGGUGACAUAGAACGGAGUAUCGUGCUCGGAGUCUUCGAACCCUACCUCCGUGUGGUACGACGUCUAAUAUUAACUUACACACUCGAGCCGGCCGGAUCUCAUGGUGUAUGGGGUUUGGAUGAUCACUCUUUUCAGCCAUACAUCUAUGGUUCCGCCCAAUUAAGCCGUGCGAUCACAGACUCAGAACCCAUGCCGAUUGAAGGUUCGCUGUUUCGUGCACCCAAGCCUGCACAGGUAGUCAAGGCAGAGUACGUGGAGCAAGAGAGAAAGCGAAACAUGUAUUUUUCGGCCAUUGGAUUUAUCAACGACGUUAAGAAAGGGCCAUUUUGGGAACACAGUCCUAUUCUGUUCGAUAUUUCCGGUAUCAAAGACGGUUGGGGUAAAAUUAACAAGGGUAUGAUCAAGAUGUUCAACGCUGAAGUUCUUUCCAAGUUUCCGGUAGUACAGCAUUUCCCUUUUGGUUCGCUAUUCUCUUGGGAACAAGACCCUGAUGCCGCUACCCCUCAACAAUCGGUCCACAUGGCAAACCAACCCACUUCCGCUACAUCUAUGCCGCCACCACCGUCAUUCGCAGCUGCUGGGCCUAGUACAGGUGCACCAUGGGCGCAAGCAACAAGUAUGCCUGGUGCUUCUGGUGCUGGUAUUCCAUAUUCCCGAGCUCCGUGGGGUCCAGGACAUCCCGUCCCUAGACCAUCUCAGCCACGGCCCAACGAAACAGCUCGUCAAUUAUCGACCACCCAAGCUCCUUGGGCGAAAUCUAGUGACAGACCAAGUGGAUGA